GUCGGUUGAGGUUGUGCGAAACGGAAUAGUUCGAGGCUCAUUAACAACAAAGUGGAAAGGUAACAGAAGAAGCAAAAAGAUAGUAUAAAAAGUAUAUACAAACAAACAAACUGUGGCAAAUGGCUAGAAAUUGGCUAAAAGUGCAGUGUAGUGUGGAGAGAAUGUGAAAAACCGUGAAUGUGUGGUACGAGAAAAAAAAAAGAAAAAACGGUUAGUGUGGCAGAAAAAAAUGUUAUACUAAAGGCGGUGAUGCCUGUGUACGAAUAGCUAAGUGAAGUGAGAACAACCACAGACACGCACACGUAUGUAUGUGUCUCGUACAUAUGUAUAUAUGUAUGUAGAUACAACUGAAUAAGAAUAAGAACAAGUGAUUUUAAUUAACCAAGUAGAAGGAUAUUUUUCGCUGCUGUUUCGCUGAGUUUGCAAAAAACUGGUUUGCAUUUCACAAAAACAAAAGAAAUAUAAACGGAAAAAAAUUCACACUUUAAAAGCGGUGCGGUUUUUUGGAUAAUAAAUUCAACUUUGCAACAACUAGUCGCAUCUAUAAAUUCUCCUCAUCAUAUUUGAGAAAUUUCGAAUAUUUUACGCUAAAAUUGGUCAAUGAAGUUCAAAAAUGGUGAUUGUAACACGAGGUGACUACAUCUGGAUAGAACCCGCAUCGGGUAGGGAAUUCGAUGUAGCCAUUGGCGCUCGUGUAAUAUCGGCCGAAGGUAGACGCAUACAGGUACGCGACGAUGAUGGCAAUGAAAUUUGGCUAUCGCCCGAGCGGCGCAUCAAGGCGAUGCAUGCCUCCUCGGUGCAAGGUGUGGAGGAUAUGAUAUCGUUGGGUGAUCUACACGAGGCGGGCAUACUAAGAAAUCUGCUUAUACGCUAUAAAGAGAAUUUGAUAUAUACUUACACUGGCUCCAUUUUGGUCGCUGUUAAUCCCUAUCAAAUUCUACCCAUCUACACAGCCGAUCAAAUUAAGCUGUACAAGGAGCGCAAAAUCGGCGAAUUGCCACCACACAUUUUCGCGAUCGGUGACAAUGCGUACGCGCACAUGAAACGCUAUCGCCAGGAUCAAUGUAUUGUCAUUUCGGGUGAAUCGGGCGCUGGCAAGACUGAGAGCACCAAGCUGAUACUGCAAUAUCUGGCUGCGAUAAGUGGCAAACAUUCGUGGAUCGAACAACAAAUACUCGAAGCGAAUCCGAUACUCGAAGCAUUCGGCAAUGCGAAAACCGUGCGCAAUGACAAUUCGUCGCGCUUUGGCAAAUAUAUUGAUAUACACUUUAGCUCGAGUGGUGUCAUCGAAGGCGCCAAAAUCGAACAAUAUCUCUUGGAGAAAUCUCGAAUAGUUUCGCAAAAUCAUAGCGAACGUAAUUAUCACGUCUUCUACUGCCUGCUGGCGGGGCUGUCGGGGGAGGAGAAAAGACGUUUGGAUCUGGGAAAUGCUGCUGAUUACAGAUAUCUCACCGGCGGCGAUUGCAUCACGUGUGAGGGUCGCGAUGAUGCCGCUGAAUUUUCGGACAUACGCUCCGCCAUGAAAGUGCUCCUCUUUUCUGAUCAAGAAAUCUGGGAAAUUAUUAAACUGCUGGCUGCUCUUUUGCACUGCGGCAACAUCAGAUACAAGGCAACCGUUGUUGAUAAUCUGGACGCCACAGAAAUACCCGAACACAUCAAUGUGGAACGUGUCGCUGCUUUGCUCGGUCUGCCCAUGCAGCCACUGAUCGAUGCAUUGACGCGCCGCACACUCUUCGCACAUGGCGAGACGGUGGUGUCAACGCUGUCACGCGAGCAGUCAGUCGACGUGCGUGAUGCCUUCGUGAAAGGCAUCUAUGGACGGAUGUUUGUGCAUAUUGUGCGCAAAAUCAAUUCGGCCAUUUUUAAGCCACGCGGCACAUCGCGAAACGCCAUUGGCGUUUUGGAUAUUUUCGGUUUUGAGAAUUUCGAUCAGAAUAGCUUCGAACAGUUUUGCAUUAAUUAUGCAAAUGAGAAUUUGCAACAAUUCUUUGUGCAACACAUUUUCAAGCUCGAACAGGAGGAGUACAAUCAUGAGGCAAUCAAUUGGCAACACAUCGAAUUUGUGGACAAUCAGGAUGCGCUCGAUUUGAUUGCCAUCAAACAGUUGAACAUAAUGGCGUUGAUUGAUGAGGAGGCGCGCUUUCCCAAGGGCACCGAUCACACGAUGUUGGCCAAGCUGCACAAGACCCAUGGCGCACAUAAAAACUACUUGAAACCCAAAUCGGAUAUUAACACCAGCUUCGGUUUGAAUCAUUUCGCAGGUGUGGUGUUCUAUGACACGAGCGGUUUCUUGGAUAAAAAUCGCGAUACCUUCAGUCCGGAUUUGCUGCAUUUGGUUAGUCAGAGCUCGAAUAAGUUUUUGCGUCAAAUUUUCAAUCAGGACAUAGAAAUGGGCGCUGAGACGCGCAAACGCACACCCACACUCUCAACGCAAUUCCGUAAGAGCUUAGAUGCGCUGAUGAAAACUCUAAGCACUUGUCAACCGUUCUUCAUACGCUGCAUCAAGCCGAACGAACUGAAGAAGCCCAUGCUGUUCGAUCGCGGUCUUUGUUGCCGCCAAUUGCGCUACUCCGGCAUGAUGGAAACGAUACGCAUACGUCGCGCUGGCUACCCCAUCCGCCAUGGCUUUCGCGACUUUGUUGAGCGCUAUCGCUUUCUCAUACCAGGUGUGCCGCCAGCACAUCGUACGGAAUGUCGCUCCGCCACUGCGCGCAUAUGCGCCAUUGUGCUUGGUAAAUCCGACUAUCAGCUGGGCAACACAAAAGUCUUUCUCAAGGACGCGCAUGACCUCUUUCUGGAGCAAGAGCGUGACCGUGUGCUUACGCGCAAAAUACUCAUACUGCAACGCACCAUACGCGGUUGGGUGUAUCGGCGUCGUUAUUUGCGCAUGCGUGCUGCCGUCAUUACCAUACAACGCUUCUGGAAGGGCUAUGCGCAACGUCAGCGCUACCGCCAGAUGCGUGUUGGCUAUAUGCGUUUGCAGGCGCUCAUUCGUUCGCGUGUGCUAUCACAUCGUUUCCGUCAUUUGCGUGGCCACAUUGUGGGUCUGCAGGCGCAUGCGCGUGGUUAUUUGGUGCGACGCGAAUAUGGGCACAAAAUGUGGGCCAUCAUUAAGAUACAAUCGCAUGCGCGGCGCAUGAUUGCCAUGCGGAAGUAUAAAAAGCUGCGCGAGGAGUACAAACAAUUCGCAGAGGUGUUGCAUUUGCGCAAGCUGGAGGAGCAGGAGUUGAUGCACAAGGGCAACAAGCAUGCGCGUGAAAUUGCCGAGCAGCACUAUCGCGAUCGGUUGCACGAACUAGAGCGGCGCGAAAUGGAGAAGGAGAUUGAGGAGCGUAGGCGGGUGGAGGUGAAGAAGAAUAUCAUAAACGAUGCGGCACGCAAGCAGGAUGAGCCGGUGGACGAUAGUAAGUUGGUGGAAGCAAUGUUCGAUUUUCUGCCCGACUCCAGCAGUGAAGCGCCAACGCCACACGGCGGGCGCGAAACUUCGGUGUUCAACGAUCUGCCGCAUAACAAUUCUAUGAAUCAUGAGGACAUAAUUGGCCCCAUGCAUGUCUCCGAGGAUGAAGAAGACCUAUCCGAGUUCAAGUUCCAGAAAUUCGCUGCCACCUAUUUCCAAGGCAACGUGACGCACCAGUACUCGAAGAAGGCAUUGAAGCAUCCACUGCUGCCGCUGCACACACAGGGAGAUCAGUUGGCCGCGCAAGCGCUCUGGAUAACUAUAUUGCGUUUUACGGGCGAUAUGCCCGAGCCAAAGUAUCACACAAUGGAUCGCAUGGACACCACUUCCGUGAUGUCGAAAGUCACUGCCACGUUGGGACGUAAUUUCAUAAGGAGCAAAGAAUUUCAGGAAGCUCAACUAAUGGGGCUCGACCCCGAUGCGUUUCUUAAGCAAAAGCCGCGCUCCAUACGUCACAAACUCGUGUCGCUGACGCUGAAGCGUAAGAACAAACUCGGUGAAGAUGUACGCCGUCGUCUGCAAGACGAGGAAUACACCGCAGACAGUUACCAAUCUUGGCUGCAAUCGCGUCCCACUUCGAAUUUGGAGAAAUUGCAUUUCAUCAUCGGUCAUGGCAUAUUGCGCGCCGAGUUGCGCGAUGAGAUCUAUUGUCAAAUUUGCAAGCAGCUUACAAAUAAUCCACUCAAAUCCUCACAUGCGCGCGGCUGGAUACUGCUUUCGCUCUGCGUCGGCUGCUUUGCGCCCUCUGAAAAGUUUGUAAACUACUUGCGCGCUUUCAUACGCGAAGGUCCGCCCGGUUAUGCACCCUACUGUGAGGAGCGCCUGAAACGCACUUUCAAUAAUGGCACACGCAAUCAGCCACCUUCUUGGUUGGAGCUGCAGGCCACGAAGUCGAAAAAACCAAUCAUGCUGCCCAUUACCUUCAUGGAUGGUAAUACGAAAACACUGCUCGCCGACUCGGCUACCACGGCGCGCGAGCUAUGCAAUCAAUUGUCCGAUAAGAUCACGCUCAAGGAUCAGUUUGGCUUCUCGCUAUACAUCGCACUUUUUGACAAAGUUUCGUCGCUGGGCAGCGGUGGUGAUCACGUCAUGGAUGCGAUAUCCCAGUGCGAGCAAUAUGCGAAAGAGCAGGGCGCACAAGAGCGCAAUGCGCCCUGGCGUCUAUUUUUCCGCAAAGAGAUCUUUGCGCCCUGGCAUGAUCCUACACAAGAUCAGGUCGCCACAAAUCUCAUCUAUCAGCAAGUCGUACGCGGCGUCAAGUUCGGUGAAUAUCGCUGCGACAAAGAGGAUGAUUUAGCAAUGAUUGCUGCGCAGCAGUACUUCAUCGAGUACGGCACGGAUAUGUCUAUGGAGCGGCUUUUUACGCUGUUGCCAAAUUUUAUACCAGACUUCUGCUUGACCGGCGUCGAAAAGGCGAUUGAGCGUUGGGCAGCAUUGGUGCUGCAGGCGUACAAAAAGUCUUACUAUGUGCGCGACAAAGUGGCAUCACUGAAAAUAAAAGAGGACAUCGUGAGUUACGCGAAGUUGAAAUGGCCGUUGCUGUUCUCGCGCUUCUACGAGGCCUAUCGCAACUCCGGUCCGAAUUUGCCGAAGAACGAUGUUAUAAUUGCCGUCAAUUGGACGGGUGUGUAUGUUGUGGACGAUCAAGAGCAGGUGCUAUUAGAGUUGAGUUUCCCGGAAAUCACCGCAGUGUCCAGUCAGAAAACGAACAAAGUUUUCACGCAGACCUUCAGUUUAUCCACUGUGCGCGGUGAAGAGUUUACUUUCCAGAGCCCGAAUGCGGAGGACAUAAGAGACUUGGUGGUGUACUUCCUGGACGGGUUGAAGAAACGUUCUCGUUACGUAAUCGCCAUUCAGGAUUACCGCGCGCCAUCGGACGGUUCCAGCUUCCUCUCGUUUCUGAAAGGCGAUCUCAUCAUACUCGAGGACGAGUCGUGCGGCGAAUCGGUGCUCAACAACGGUUGGUGCAUCGGGCGCUGUGAACGCACACAAGAGCGUGGCGAUUUCCCUGCGGAAACUGUUUACGUUCUACCCACUCUCACCAAACCGCCACAAGACAUACUGGCGCUGUUCAACAUCGAAGAGGCACAUCACGGCCGUCGUUUGAGUAUGGUCUCGAAUGGCGUUCCCGAGGCACGCGAUCGCCCGCAUACACUAAUAGAGUACGCCAUGGAUCACUUCCGUUUACCGCCCAAGCGCACUAUGUCCAAGACGCUGACGCUUAGUUCAAAGCGUGCCGAUGAGAUUUGGCGCUAUUCGCGAGAUCCCAUCAAGGCGCCACUGUUGCGUAAGUUGCAGAGUAAAGAAGAGCUCGCCGAGGAGGCUUGCUUUGCGUUCGCUGCCAUAUUGAAAUAUAUGGGCGAUUUGCCGUCGAAGCGGCCGCGCAUGGGCAACGAAAUCACCGAUCACAUAUUUGACGGUCCGCUCAAGCAUGAAAUUUUGCGUGACGAAAUUUACUGUCAAAUUAUGAAACAACUGACAGACAACCGCAAUCGCAUCUCAGAGGAACGAGGCUGGGAGUUGAUGUGGCUCGCCACUGGUCUCUUUGCUUGCUCGCAGGGUUUGCUCAAAGAGUUGAUGAUGUUUUUGCGUACGCGUCGUCAUCCCAUUUCGCAGGAUUCGAUGCAUCGACUGCAGAAGACAAUACGCAAUGGUCAGCGCAAGUAUCCGCCACAUCAGGUGGAAGUUGAAGCGAUACAGCACAAAACUACACAAAUUUUCCACAAAGUCUACUUUCCCGACGACACUGACGAAGCUUUCGAGGUGGACUCGUCGACACGCGCUAAGGACUUCUGCCACAACAUCUCACAACGCUUGUCGUUACGCACCAGCGAAGGUUUCUCGCUAUUCGUCAAGAUCGCCGAUAAGGUGAUUUCCGUGCCGGAGGGUGAUUUCUUCUUUGACUUUGUGCGUCAUUUGACUGAUUGGAUUAAGAAGGCGCGGCCCAUACGUGAUGGCUCAAAUCCGCAAUUCACCUAUCAGGUAUUCUUCAUGAAAAAGCUGUGGACGAAUACAGUGCCGGGUAAGGAUCGCAAUGCCGAUCUCAUAUUCCAUUAUCAUCAAGAGUUGCCGAAAUUGUUGCGCGGCUAUCAUAAGUGCUCGCGCGAAGAGGCUGCGAAGCUCGCGGCGCUGGUCUAUCGCGUGCGCUAUGGAGAGAACAAGCAAGAGCUGCAAGCCAUACCACAAAUGUUGCGCGAACUGAUACCCUCCGAUAUUAUGAAAAUGCAAAGUACCACCGAAUGGAAGCGCGCCAUUGUGGCUUCGUACAAUCAGGAUGGUGGCAUGAGUUCGGAGGAUGCCAAAGUGGCAUUUUUGAAGAUCGUAUACAGAUGGCCCACAUUCGGUUCCGCAUUUUUCGAGGUAAAACAAACGACCGAGCCAAAUUACCCGGAAAUGCUGCUAAUUGCAAUCAACAAACAUGGCGUCAGUCUCAUACAUCCAGUCACCAAGGACAUUUUAAUCACUCAUCCAUUUACGCGCAUUUCCAAUUGGUCCUCCGGCAAUACCUACUUCCACAUGACAAUCGGCAAUUUGGUGCGUGGCUCCAAACUGUUGUGUGAGACUUCCUUGGGCUACAAAAUGGACGAUCUAUUAACGUCUUAUAUAUCACUAAUGCUAACGAAUAUGAACAAGAAUCGCACUAUACGAGCAAAUUAAUUAUUAAGCGUAAUUUAGUUUUUAAUUAGCGAGAAAACAAAUGAGAGCAAUUGUUGGAUAGUUAAAAUGGACGGACGUUUUCAAGAACAAAAAAAAAAUUAUAUAUAAAAAUUUUAAGCAAUUUUGAAUGUACGAACUAGCAGUUUGUUAGACUUUAUUGUUAAGUUGCGGCAUGCAAACUCAACUAAGCAAAGUUAGCGUUUCGAAACAGGGGUUCUUUUAUAGCUUUUAUAGCUUGACAAAACAGACUCGCGCGAAUAUGUUUUAUGUUUUUGUUUUGAUUUUUUUUUUUUUUUGAUUUUUAGUUUUUGAUUUAUUAAACUAAAAAAAAAACAAUAUUAUUUAUUAAUAUAUAACGCAAUUAGGCACACACACAAGUUAGUUGUAGAAUUAUUUUAUUUAUAAACUAUUUUGUUAACCUAUGACAUACAGACACAUACAUUUGUACGUAUAUUCAAGUGCAUGCAUGGAGCUGUAGAAGCGCAUUUAAUUGUAUGGAAGAGGAAAAAAUAAUUAAAAA